AUGCCGCGCCUCAAAGUGCAAGUCGGUCCUGACCGAUUCCAUAUGGAAGACUGUCGCCUCAACGACACGGAACACCCGCACGAGAUCUCUACCGACCACUUUGUCGGUCGCGUCCUUGUGCGGAUCCUCGAUGCACCCGGCGCACAACCCUCUCAGCCUGGUCGGGAGUACUUCGAAGGCCGCUCUCGCAAAUUCUGCAUCCAGAUCGAGGGACGUUUCAAGCAGCGUUUGUCCGGCAACGACGUUCUGUUCGGCACGGAUUUCGAUCGGUUCGUCGACUUCCCGCGUGCGCCGUUCAACGCCGGCAUGCGCGUCGCCAAGUACAUCGAUCCGUGUACGUUCUACGAGCUCCACCCUGACUCGGGAAGGCCGUAUAUCAUGUCGCCGUACAUUGCGUGUAUGAACACGUUCUGCGCGUGGCCUGCGCCAUCGCGCGCGCAUGAUGCGGUGGUGGUGCUUCGACACACGCAUCGGGGAACCACACCGGAUAGUUCCCGACCCGCAACCCCGACGAUCGACCCCGAGAAGAGCAACAACAACCCGCAAGGUGCGCUCGUCGCAAGCCCUGCCGAGAGCGAGGAAGACGAAGGGGAUAUCGUCCCUCGCGAGAGUCUCGACCGCAGUCGCAGUAUGAGCGAGAAAAGCGCGCCUAGCAAGAAGAAGAAAGGCUGGUUCGGCGGCUUCGGCGGUUCGGGGGCGCCGAAGGAGGAGCGCGUGCUGAAAAAGUACUGGCGCUUCGUGGGUUUCAAGGACGAGCCACGGGUGCGGGCGUUGUUGGAGGCGCACCAUGCGAAGUUGAAGAGCGCGCGCCAGGACGAGACGCAUGCGGUCGCUCGCCAGGGUAGCGUGGGGAGUGUGGGGAGCGGUGAUGUGCAGCACGGCGCGGGACAGAGGAUGUUGUCGUUCUUGGGGAGCGGGAAGAGGGGCGAUCAUGAGAGGACGCCGGAUCGAGCACACACGCCGCAGUACCAGGACGCGAGCGAGGAGAUGCCCCUCUCGCCCCACGUGGGGAGUGGAAGGUUUAGCGAUUUGGGAGCGGGGGAUAUUGCCGCUGCUCCGCCGGGGGAUGUGGGCGAGGAGGACAAAGAGCCGGCGUUGGUAGCGCCCAAGCCGAAGCACGGGGUUGCUAUGCCGGUGGACGAGGACAACGCUGCUGCUGCUGGUGCCGCGCCUGCUCCUUCUGCCAGCGCCCCUCAAUCGACCCCCAGUGCAAAGGCAGACAUGCCCAAGUUGGAACGCAUCACCACCUCGAUCCGACACGAGAUGGAGGAAUCGGCCAAAUCCGACGGUCUCAAGGAUGGCGAUUUCAAACUCGCCGAUACCCUCUCCCACACGCACCUCAGUCGUUCGAGCUCGGCCCAAUCGUCCAGAUCCUCGCCCUCGAAGUUGGACGAGCAGUUGGGUCCAUGGCGAUUCGCCGACCCUUCCACCGACAUGAUCGAGGACAACGCCUUCAUCUUUACCACCCAAUCUCUCCCCGUGCCACGCAGACGCAAGCACUUUGCGUCAGAGAAGAACCGAUUGGACUUUACCUACGACCCGGACGUCGUCUACGGCGCAAGCUUUUUUACGGAUGCGAUGGACUUCAACACGUUCAACCUGGGCAUUGGACCGGUCAAGUUGAACGUGGCCAAGUGGUUCAAGGAUAUGCCGGUUAGAUACACGCUCCGCAGCACAACGGACGAGAAUCUGACGUAUGCCACAAUCAGCUUCCAACUCGUCGACGACUAG